UCCGCGACGUCAUGUUCUGCGACAUCAUGUGGCUGGUCUCUGCGGUAGCGCUGGUCGUGGUCGUCUUCGGGACGGCCACGACGGCGCAACAGCCGCAGGAGCCUGUCAGCAUUAGCUGGCUCCCGCUUCCACCCACGGCUCCGUCGACCGAGCCCGGGGCGUGUAGCUCAGCGGUGAACCCGAGGUACACGGGCUGCCUCACGCCUGGCCGUGGGGAUGGACUGCACAUGCGCAGUUUCACCUGGGAUGGCAACCAUGUCUUAGUUGGCGUCACCAUGGCUGGCUCCCCUGCUCCCCCAAGCCCGGGCAGCAAUCUUGACGGUCCCCAGCUCAUCCUCAUCAAGACGGACGGCACGACCUUUAGCAACGGGGAUGCGUGGAAGUGCUUGACCUGCGGUGUGCCGUCCUCUAACCGAGUUGGGGCUGACCUGAUUGACGACGCUUGCACCCCCAACGCCACGCACAUUUACGCCAUCCAGUCGCCGUUCCCUGCCUAUCCGGCCGGCGGUUUGAUGCGUGAGUUGCGGCUGCACCCUGACAACGUGCACCUUGGCUGGAGUCAGCUGUUGCUGGCCGACCAAGAAGUGAUGGAAUACAGCGUGUUUGGGCGACUCACCUUUGACGCGGCGGCCGUGCCACCGGUCUACAAGGUCAGUCACGUCAACUUCUUGCUCAGCCCCAAUCCACACCACUUGGGCCGGAUGAUCAGCAUCAAAAGCACGCCCAACGGAUCCGUGCCCGGCGAGUUGAGUUUUGGCCCAGCUUUUGGCGUCAUUGGCGAGCUGCGUGGGUUCACGAGUGACGGUGGCGAGGCCUUGGGCAUUGGCACCUUUGACUCUUUCAACUAUGACAUUUUCGCCACCAACCUGCACGACGGCACCUCCCGCCGGCUCACGGUGGACCCAGCAUACACUGACCCGGUCGUGAUGUCACCCGAUGACUCGUCCUUUGUCAUCAUGGACGGGCGCGUCAACGACCGCACGGGCCUGCCCGGUGGGUUUCCUCAAGGCGAGGACGGCCGCAUGUACUUUGCCAGUGCCGCACCCGGCGUGCCUCCCCUGAUUGACCUCGCCAUUUCCAGUGCCGCGUCCAACCUGUACAACCUCCAAUACGGGUCACCCGGUCCCACCAACCCUCGGGUGGAGCCGACGGACUUGACGGGCGGCCGGCGCUACUUCCAGCCGUACAUCUUGAACCUCACCGGCGACGGUCCGUCCACUUCUUUGCACGACGGCCAGCAGCUCAAUGCCGGUGCUGACGCCACGCCUGGCAGUGGCAGCUUCAGCGACCCGUUGUGGAACGGAGGCGCAGACGCUGCUUGGUCUCCAGACGGUACGGCCAUUGCGUUCUACCAACUGCUGGUGGCGCCGCCGGCAUGCAACGACAGUGACGCCAGGCUGCCGCCUUGCCCAACGUCGCGCGAGCCUGGCGGCAGAUUCACGAGGGUCAUGCUGGCCAAGUUGACGUCCCGCACUCCCAAGUUGCCGCCUCCGCAGCCUGCGCCAGUUAGUGACAUCAUUCCGUGGGGCACGCCCUGGAAGCAGGGUGACCCCUUUCCCGCACCUCUCAACGUGCCAUCGGGGUCGUACGUGCUUCGCGGUGAAUCCGGCUCGGCCACAGUAGAGCUUGAGGCUCAGUCAUCUGCUUUUGGGGGCAACCGCAUAACGGCCGUCAACGUGACCUACCACCACUUCAGCGCUGACGGCAUCAACUUUGUGGACGGCGCCGAGAGGGCUGUUUGCGGCAGCAACCCGACCAGUUUUGCCUGGCACGAGAACUUGACGCUCUCCGGAAAACAUACCGGCUCGAGAACCACGAGCCCCAACGGCUUUGUGGUCACGAGCCCGGGGCUUUCUCAGCCGCCCUUGAUCACCGGCACGCUGACCACCACGCUCGACGGCCUGACGUUCACUUCGCCCGAACAGUAA